AUGAAGGGAUAUUUCUGUAAAAAAAGGCAUUGGAUAGAGCAGGGUAUGGAAGACCCAAGAAACGAGGAAUUGUUCAAUUCUAUGUUAUAUCAAAUGACACCUCAGACCCAGAAUAAACCACAACAAAACAUUUCUGCAGCAUUAGGAAAACCAGUCAACACUGAAAGAAGCAGGAAAAGUCCUUUAAAUAUUGCAUCUACCAGUAAUUCCAUGGUGGAAGCCAUUGAAGUUGAAAAUGCUUCCCCUCCAGCUAAAAAAGCCAGAGAAAUUCACAUUGACGUUGAUGUCUCUGAAGAGGAGUCACCUGUUGUCUCAAAGCCUCUCUUGCAACCAACCAUUGAACCUCCUGCACAGAAAUCAGUGACUACAUCAAUGAAAUCUACACCUGCUCAGCCAUCAUCUGUUGUCCAUAAUCCUGUCCUUGAUAUUAAUGUUCCUCAAAAACAGAAACGUAUUCUGGUUGUUCCAAAUCAUCAACAAUCAGUUAUGUCUAACCUUUCAUCUUUAUGGAAGGCUGGAAGGUUAUGUGAUGCCUUUAUUGGCAAUGGUACAGUCAAUUUGAAGGUACAUAAAAUGAUUCUUGGUGCUGUGUGUCCUCAAGUGCUUGAUGUUUUCUACAGUACACCUCAGCAUAAGCUACCAAAAGUGACAUUCCCCAAUUCUUAUUCUAGAUCUACAGUGUUAAAGCUUACUCUCUCCUUUUUUUUUUCUCUCUCUCUCCUAUUAGGCAAGUGCUGCAGGCUACAUGCAAAAAUCAAUGCAAAAUCUUGA